UUCCCCAAAUAAAAGGGCAGAACCGACAUUUCAAUCAUAGCCAUCAACCCAAAUCUCCAACCAUUCUGCCUAUUUUUGCCCUUCUUCUCCCUCACCCGUCGACGUCUCCACCUGCCCAGUCAAAACCAAAAAUCCAGAUUUAGCCUUCCCUUUAAAACCCUAACCCUUUCCUUGUUUAUAUCGUAAUCAUAAUAACAAAGGGAAUUCACCAAACCCUUUUCUCUCUGUGAUCCCAUAUUCCCAUGGCUUCCAUUUCCAAGCUUGUAAGCCCUAGUCCUGUUUCUUCUUAUUCUGUUUCUGGUUCUUUGAAGUCCAGAUCUUUGCAGCCUAAGUGUUUGAUCGAUUUUCACAGCAGAGAUGUUUUCAAUGCUAGAGUUUCGUCUUCUAGGUUGUCCGUUCGGAACGACGUCGUCAGGGGAUCAUUGAUUGUCAGAUGUUCCCAACUUGAGGGAAAUGGAAGCCAAAUAAAGAGAACAACUCUUCAUGAUCUCUAUGAGCAGGGAGGGCAGAGCCCAUGGUAUGAUAACCUCUGCAGGCCUGUUACCGAUCUCCUUCCACUGAUUGCAAGUGGUGUCAGAGGUGUAACUAGCAACCCAGCGAUUUUCCAGAAGGCGAUAUCAUCUUCCAAUGCUUACAAUGAACAGUUCAGGGAACUUGUACUAGCAGGAAAAGACAUUGAAAGUGCAUACUGGGAGCUUGUGGUGAAGGACAUCCAAGAUGCGUGCAGACUUUUUGAGCCAAUCUAUGAUGAGACGGAUGGAGGAGAUGGCUAUGUUUCUGUUGAAGUUUCUCCAAAGCUUGCUGAUGAUACUGUAGGGACUGUAGAAGCUGCAAAAUGGCUUUAUAAAGUGGUUGAUCGCCCUAAUGUCUAUAUAAAGAUCCCAGCGACAGCUCCAUGCGUCCCUUCAAUCAAGGAAGUUAUUUCACUUGGCAUUAGUGUCAAUGUAACUCUUAUAUUCUCUCUCCCGAGAUAUGAAGCUGUCAUUGAUGCUUACUUAGAUGGGCUUGAGGCUUCUGGGCUAAGUGACCUCUCCAGGGUUACAAGUGUUGCCUCCUUCUUUGUCAGUCGGGUAGACACCCUCAUUGACAAGUUGCUUGAGAAAAUUGGAACUCCAGAGGCCCUUGAUCUCCGAGGAAAGGCUGCAGUAGCUCAAGCAGCACUGGCAUACCAGCUCUACCAGAAGAAAUUCUCUGGGCCUAGAUGGGAAGCUCUGGUGAAGAAAGGUGCCAAGAAACAGAGGCUGCUGUGGGCUUCAACCAGUGUCAAGAAUCCUGCCUACCCUGACACACUAUAUGUGUCUCCUCUUAUUGGACCCGACACGGUUUCAACCAUGCCCGACCAAGCUCUCCAAGCAUUUGUUGACCAUGGUGUUGUUUCAAGGACAAUUGAUUCCAAUGUAUCUGAAGCUGAAGGCAUUUACAGUGCACUUGAGAAGUUGGGGAUUGACUGGGGCUAUGUCGGGUCUCAGCUGGAACUUGAAGGAGUGGAGUCUUUCAAGAAGAGCUUUGACAGCCUGCUUGAUAGCCUGCAAGAGAAGGCAAACUCCCUUAAACUGGUUAGCCUGUAAGCGUCUCGGUUCUUUUAUUACUGUCUUGGCGACUCAAUAAAGCCAGCUGGGUCUCAAUCCCUGCUGUAAAUUAGUUGAUGAGUGAUGUUUAAAAGACUAGAUCAUGUAUCAUAUGGGUGGGUUACUGCCAGUUAUUUCAUAUUUGCUGUUGGUUGGGUUUCUUCAACUUUGUGAAUAGACUUGGAUUGUCAUUCUAAUGAAGGAAAUGUCCAUGGACAGAUAAUAAAAGUAGGGACAAGAUUGAAAACUGCUAA